GAGGCUGUGACCAGUGCAACUUUUCCACUGAGAGCUUGCGACGCUCAUCUUUGAAAUGGCGCUGAGAACUGUAAGCAGGAGAGGUCUAGCAGGUCUAAGCAGAAAUGGCGGGGGCUUAGGGUUAGGGUUAGGGCUUGUGACAGUCCGUGGAUUGAAGACCUUCACGCUGCCCGACCUGCCCUACGACUAUGGGGCACUGGAGCCCUACAUUAGCGGAGAGAUCAUGCAGCUCCACCACCAGAAGCACCACCAGACCUACGUCACCAACUUCAACAAAGCCCUCGAGCACCUUGACCAGGCCAUGGACAAAGGCCACUCCCCCACCAUCGUCAAAUUACAGAGUGCCAUCAAAUUCAACGGCGGAGGUCAUAUAAACCACUCUGUUUUCUGGAAAAAUCUGACCCCUGUUCGAGAAGGAGGUGGUGAGCCUCCAAAGGGUUCCUUAGCAUGGGCAGUUGAGAAUCAGUUUGGUUCCUUAGAUUCCCUGGUUCAGAAAAUGAAUGUUGAAGGUGCUGCUUUGCAAGGUUCUGGUUGGGUGUGGCUUGCUCUUGACAACGAUCAGAAGAGGCUUUCUAUUGAAACAACAUUCAAUCAGGAUCCGCUUGUUGCCAAAGGAUCAAGUUAUGUUCCUCUCCUGGGGAUAGAUGUAUGGGAACAUGCUUACUACUUGCAGUACAAAAACGUGAGGCCAGAUUAUCUUAAGAACAUAUGGAAGGUUAUUAACUGGAAAUAUGCAAGCGACGUGUAUGAGAAAGAAUGUCCUUGAGGCAAAACCACAGCCCUGGUAAGUUGCAAUUAUCUGCCCAGUUUGUACAGGAAUAAUAGGCAUCUGUUGAUGGGAGUCCAAAACUUGUAAUGAGACUUCCGUCAUUUUUGGUGAUGCGUAGGGUAUCAGCUUUCGCGAACUCGUUCCUUUUUUUCUUCUUUUUUCUGAGAAUCUAUUUUCCUCUUCUGUGUAAUAAACCCUGUAUAACAAAUGAAUUAUGUGUUUACUUAAGUUGACAAUGGUGAAGCAUGGAGCUCCAUAUUGUAGAUCACUUUU